AUGUCCACCGAUCUCUCCUACUUCGCAGUCAAAUGCAAAAUCUGUCUGAAAACCGGGCAUGGUCUGCACUUUGGAAUUGAAACUUGCAGAGCGUGUGCCGCAUUUUUUCGAAGGACAGUUGUGUUGAAUAGAAAAUAUAAGUGUAGAAAACGAGCUGGUAGAUGUGAAGUAACGGCGGAUGAUGAGAAGUCAAUGUGUAAAUUUUGUCGCUUUAAGAAAUGCAGAGAGUUGGGGAUGAGCACGGAGAAUGUCCGCACCGACCAUGCUAUCAAAGACUUGGACUCCCCAUGUAGCUCUACCACUUCUGAAGUACAGAAAUGGUCAGAACCAGAUGAUCGUGUGGCCUACAAUAUUAUGCACCCCAAAACGAGAGGACCUGCAUUGCUACUAGAUAUCAAUGCGAUCAUUAAAAAAUCGAGGGUUAUUUUGGAAACGUACUUUCUUCCCGACGAGGAUUCAAUAUCCCACUUGAACCCUUUGCAACGAAUGGUUCACUCAUUACAAAAAAUCCGAGCGAAUCAGAGUUGGAAUCCAGUAUUUGUGGAAAAAGUGGAAUUUAUUCAGAUGUUUUAUGGGUGGGAGGUGCAAAUGAGGGAUACGGCUAGUUGGUUGAUGCACUCGGAUGAGUUUAGAAAGUUGCCAGGGCAUGAGAGGAUAGCAAUCUUCAAAAUAGUGUGGGCAGUUUGGCGUCGAUUUGAGAGGUACACAAUGACUGCGGAGAUAUUUGGACAGAGGUGUUAUGAUGAGAAAAUUUAUCUGCAUUCACAAAAUCAGGCUAUCAAAAUGGAUAACUAUUCUAUAGACUAUUCGAAGGUAUCGGAUCAUGGGUUUGAUCAAUUUAAUAAUGUAUUCGGUGGAAAAAUGAUCCAAUACUACGAUAUAAUCGUGAAACCAUACCUUGAACUAAAACUGACUGAAACUGAGAUCACAUUCAUAUUAUGUCAAAUUAUAUGGAAUUAUGCUGGAAGACGACUACAGGGACAGACUCAGGCGGCUGCUGAGAGGUUUUUGGAGCAGAUAUCCAAUAAUUUGCAUCAGCAUUAUGAAGAGGAGUAUUUGGAGACACCAGAUGAUCCCACAACUGGAAGGCAAGGUGGAGAGAAUAGGGAAAAUAGAAAGAAUUAUGCAUCAAGGCUGGCCAGAAUGAUGCAAAUUGUUAAUCAGAUGUUGAACGUCCAACUCCAACUGGAAGACUCGUUACAAGUGGCAUUUUUAUUUGACAUGUUCAAUAUUGUGUUCACCGAACCCGAGUUUUUUAGAAGCUAA